CUACUGUGGGGUCACUCAGCCUACUGGGUCUUGAGAGCGCAAGAAGGGGGCGGAGCUAAUGGACUCGGCGUUCACAAUGGCUAACGGGUAAACGGAGGCAGCAAAGGCCCAGACCAUUUUUGAAGGUCCGCGCCGGGAGAGCCUUGCGUGGCGACCGUAGGCUGAACUCGUCUCCUCCCGAGAUAUGCGAUUCGGUCCCCUCCGUCGUCCCUUCUCCAGGAGCGGCAGAGGAGAACCCUCUUGGCUCGGCGUCUCCUCCAGGGCUGCCAAACACCUCUGAAGAGCCAUGUUCCAGGCCGCCGGAGCCGCCCAGACCACCCCUUCUCAUGAAGCCAAAGGCAGCAGUGGCAGCAGCACGGUGCAGCGGUCGAAGUCCUUUAGCUUGCGGGCUCAGGUGAAGGAGACCUGUGCAGCCUGCCAGAAGACUGUGUACCCUAUGGAGCGACUGGUGGCAGACAAGCUCAUUUUCCACAACUCUUGUUUCUGUUGCAAACACUGCCACGCCAAACUCAGCCUGGGCAGUUACGCUGCAAUGCACGGUGAAUUUUACUGCAGACCUCACUUUCAGCAGCUGUUUAAGAGCAAAGGCAACUACGAUGAGGGGUUUGGUCGUAAACAGCACAAGGAGCUCUGGGCCCACAAGGAAGUGGACUCAGGCACCAAGACAGCCUGAGACCCCUUUAACAUCCGUUCCCUCCCAGCACAGGGCCUACAGCUGGGCAGGGGGAAGGAGGUUAACCUGGGCUUGGGGGAGCCGGGUGGGAAAGGCUUCCUCAGGUUCCAGGCAUAAGGCUCUGCUCCACCAUUCCUUAUUUUUCCCAUAGGAGGUUGGCACUGGGAACCAGAAUUGGAAUUUUCUCCAUACUGCUUCCUUUAGCCCACCUCACCUCCCCCAUGACUCCCUGGGAGGCCUACAAGCCCAGCUUCCCCAUUUAGGUGCCUUUUCUCCAGCAAGGAGUCAGCAUGCCCUCCUCAGGGUCCCAAGCUCCCUCACUGCCACCUGGGCCUUGUGUACCCCCUUGUCUCCCCAUCUACCUCUGCCCCUUAGCCUGGUUAUGAGCCACAGAGAUUGGAAGAGGGAGAGUGCCAUCUGCUGGGCCUCAUAGAUGCCACCUCGCUGGUGGGGGAAGGGCUGGGGAAGAGGCGAGAUAGCCUGCAGCCUUCAGGGUCUGGGGGUCCCUUGUACCACAAAGCUAAAGCUCGUUAGAGCCUCAGCUGACAGGGUUGGCAAUAGCUAUCUAUGCUCCCCCUCUGUUGUGCUGUUCUGACUGUUGUGAUCAACCCUGUUUUAAAAAUGUUUAAACAGA